AUGUCUCCGAUGGAAUUCCUGAAGUCAUGCCCUCUUGGACAGCGGAAGAGGUUAUUUCGGCCAGGUCUGACGACGCUUCUCCUCGCCGGCUGCCGCCAACAACUCUCCCCUCGCCCUCAUUUGCAUAAUCGCCGGGACUUUGUGUGCUGUUUCGUCAGCCCGAAUACCUCCAAAACAAUCACAACACGGCCUCCGGCUGGAGACUAUCAGCCUUCACUGAUCGGAGUCGGUGAUCGUCGAGAAUCCCCCGGCUCCCGACCCCCUCAGCCAAUCAGCGGCCAGCUCCACCGCCCGAGCAAUGGCCGUGCGCAGUUCUCCCUCGCCCCACCGAAAGGAGGGACAAGGGGCGGGGCCCCCGCUGCCCUCGCUAGUCUGGUAACGGGAACAACACUCUCCACCACUAAUACUCCAACUCCUGCCAACUGUGCUCCACGAAAAGGGCCUUCACAUUAA